GCAUAUUUCCUUAACUAUGAAUUCAGGAAUUCCAACGGUGGAUCUCUCUCCUUUCUUCGCAGAAGGAGAUGAAGAAGGCAAAAGGAAGGCCAUUAAAAUAAUAGGCCAUGCGUGCUCCGAGUAUGGCUUCUUCCAAGUAGUGAACCAUGGUGUUCCUGUUGAGCUGAUGAAGAGAGCCCUGGCUCUUUCCAAGACAUUUUUCGACUACCCGACCGAGGAAAAAUUGAAGUCUGGUCCAGUACCUGGCACGCCGAUCCCUGCUGGCUACAGCCGGCAACCAGAAAGGUCGGCCGACAAGAAUGAGUUCUUCAUGAUGUUUCCUCCUGGGUCCAGCUUCAAUGUAUAUCCUAUCAAUCCACCUGGCUUCAGGGAUGUCCUGGAAGAGAUGUUCUCACAGUUUGUGAACACGGGGAGGAUCAUUGAAAACAUAAUCAAUGAGUGCUUAGGACUCCCAUCAAAUUUGCUGACGGAGUACAAUGAUGACAGGAAGUGGGACCUCAUGUCAGCGUUCCGCUACUUCCCCGCUACCGAGAGAGAAAACACCGGGGUCGCCGAUCACAAAGACAUGAACUGCAUCACAUUCGUGUUCCAGGAUGAAGUCGGAGGACUAGAGGUCCAGAAGGACGAGAACUGGAUACCAGUGACUCCGGUGGAAGGCACGCUCGUCGUCAACGUUGGAGACGUUAUUCAAGUAACGACUAAUGAAACAUAUGGCAAGUAUUGAUUGUUAUUCCUGGCACAUGUAUAGGCAAUGUGUAAAAAUUUUAAAACUUUUGUGCAGGUACUGAGUAAUGACAGGUUCAAGAGUGCGAGUCAUAGGGUGGUGAGGCAGGCAAGAGAUCGGCACUCGUAUGCAUUCUUCUACAACAUAGGCGGAGACAAGUGGGUCGAGCCAUUGCCGCAGUUCACUACGGAAAUUAAAGAGGCACCGAAGUACAAAGGGUUCUUGUUCAAGGAGUAUUUGCAGUUGAGGUCAAGAAACAAGACCCACCCUCCAACUAGGGCAGAAGAUGUGAUCAGCAUAAAGCACUAUUCAAUCCGUCGCCAAUAAGAGUAA